UUCCCAGCCAGAUAUCUAACGAAGAGAUGUGCAAUACAAAAACCCGCUGGUGGUCGGUAAGGUUAAUUAUAUCCUCGUCAAAAUAAGAUAUUACUGGAAUUAAAAAGUUCUUAAAAUGUUUACUGAUAUUUUUCGAUAAGUACGCAUGAAAUAACUUGUGCUCGCGCUUCAGUCAGGCUGCGCAUCACUGGUAAAUAACAAAAAACAUUUGCACGUUUAUGGUGAUAUCAGCAUCAUACGUGCAUGAUAAUUAAUAUCAUAACAAGUACUGCAGAUAUAGGGAGCCGUUGGAUGACUGCAUUUAGUAACGUUCAGUGGUUCUUUUGUUCAGCAGAAUGGAACACAUCUGAUAUGUUGAUUUGGGGGUGCAAUCGAAGACUUUAAGAUCAGUUUAACCAUGUUUCUUGCUCUCUUGUAAACUAUUAACGCUUGCAAUGGCCAAUAUAUACCAAUGAUAACAUCCGUCUAUGAAAAAUGGAUGGAGGACGUUGUCGGGGAUGUUGCAGACGACAAAUAUCACGAUUCCUUAAUUCGAUUCAUUUUUCCAUCUCUUUUACGACACAACUUGUAUUCUAUUAAAAGAAUAUCCUAAAUAGAUGGCUUAGCAAUGGGCCAACCCAAGUAUUUCCCUUUUUUCCUAUGAGAUGUUACAAUAUUAAUUAAUGGUCUAAAAUAUAGAUAUGAUGUGAACCUAUUUACUCGCACAAUAUUUGCCCAGACUAAUUUCACCCAAACAGCAAGUUGCUCGGCACAUAAUUGCUCAUUUAUACAACCAGAAGAGCCAUUAAUAUAGUCACAUGUGUCCUUACUGUUGCCAAGAACAUAUCGUGUAUCAAAUGUAUUCGGUUCUCAUCACUAAGGAAAUUUAAGAAUUUAAAUAUCUGUAAAAUUUAGCACCGCCAAACAAAGCGUGGGAAACUAGCAAAAUGUUAUGCCCCAGAGAAUUCGUCAUUAUCUAAAACAAAGGCAGCGAUUAUUCCGUUUUGCUAACAGUCACUUCAAAUUGGUCAAGGAGAAUUGGAACUUUGAUCGCGGAAAGUAAUUCAAAACAUUACAAACACAAUCAGUGAAUACUGAACGUACUUUUGUUUAAACUUCAAUUGAGGGUCACCAUUAGUUGUUGGUGCAGUUUGUGUGUUGUAAAUUGAACAUCGAACUAUAAAACAAGGCUGGAAUUGUUUUGGCACAGCUGAUUUCAAGUAGAAUACAGAAACUUCUAGUUAAGUCAAAAAUAUUUAUCACCGUCACACUCGAAUAAUCUUUUUAACAUUUCGCCCUCCUGUAUAAAUCGUUUGGAAUAGUGGUGCUCAAGUUUUGUGCCUGACUUGGCCAGUGAAGGAGUUACAAGCCUUUCGGAUCUGCACACGUCUCUUACUUCAUUCUCACCAUCUGCCGAUACAGUCUACAAGUGUUAUCAUUUUCAAGUCUUCCCAGAGGAACUAAGCACACUGUGAUUAUGUGAUACAGCACAAGCUUCAAAGUCAUUCACAGGCGCCGCUGUGAUUUCUAAGACGAUAAAGGCGCUUGGUUAGACUCCAGACAGCAACAGAAUGUCACAAGUAGUCACGAAAAGAGUUGUGUUGUAUUCUAGCGAUUCAAGUGAGCAUCCAUACGUAAUAAGCAACAACAACGAAGAUGAAUUAUUGAAAACAGAAACACUCUCUUCGGAUACGAAUAAGGCAAUAGAACUUGAUGUUGGCUCGAAUCAAGGGAGCGAAAUUGUCUUAAACGUUCAAAGCGAUGAAGAACCUAUGGCUUCCAAGACGUUUGUAAAAACAGAAACCUCCAGAAAAGUCAUUCACACGUAUGUAACAGACACAGGUGAGCCGCAAGAGUUCACCAUCCAAACAGCCCCUGUUGUUACAACUUCACUUAACAUUGAGAAACACGGCAAACAAGUUCAAAAUGAUGACACAAACAUAAAGCAAAUAUUUGAGACAGAACUUCGUAGCCACCCCAGAGAGCCUAACGAACAAACCUCUUCAAAAAUUCAAAUAGAAUCUCCAACGUACAUACCAACGAAGACAAACCAACAACACAUAAUCCCGACGAACCAGCAGGCAAACGAGACGAAUUCCCAAUCUACAAACUCGUCAAAAACUUCAAACCCAAGGACAUCAAUCAAAUCCUGUUACACAUACCGAGUUAAAGAUGGCGUCGCAAUACUGGAAAAUGUUACCAAAUAUCAAUCUCGAAAACAAACUAAGAAAGAAAGGUCUCAUCCGCAAAAAACAACUACGUAUACGGAUUACCAACAAAUAGAUGGAAACGAAGACAGCCACUCUGUACUUACAAAAACCCAAACAUUAGCAAAAACAACCUCCCUAGUUAAAGAAAUAAAACAAGACGGGCAAAGCAGUCAGGAAAAGGAAACCUACACUUGGUCGACAGAAGAACACCAAAUAAAUUCCAACAACAAAGAAAACGACCACACCUCACAAGGAGAAAUACAAUUUCUUCCAAUAAAAAACACACAAAACCAAGACCUGCGAAUAACUAAAUCUCAAAGACAACGUCAGAAAAAUUCACAAGAGGCAGUACUCCUUUCGGUCAGCACCAAGAAUCGCAGCCUCUGGGCCAGUCCAACACUGAAAGUCCACGAUUCAUGGACGUAA